AUGAAGAACAGCGUUGCUCUUCUGGCCCUUGCCGCCGGCGUCAGCCAGGUUACUGCUACCGGCUGGAACAAGUUCCCUUCCUUCACCUGCCCCGAGAACACCGACAACAAGUGUGACGACAAGCAGAAGAGUGGUUUCUCCUGGGGCGACUUGAACACUGGAUCGUUCAGCAACUAUGGCGGUUUCGACUUCAAGGGCUGGACCUGUGGAAGCGACUUCUCCAAGCGCGAUCUUGUCGCUCCCCGUACCUUCGGCAAGGGCAAGGUCAUUGAGGGUUCUUGCGGAAGCAAGAAGGAGACCUCCCCCUCCUUCGGCUGCGGCUCCGGCUCCGGCGCUCCCGACAAGUUCUCCAUCACUCACUUCGACGUCUCCGUCGAGUUCGACUGCGACCUCGAGUUCCACUACGACAUGCCCGAUGGCUCCAGCUGCAAGCACCGCUCUGCCUGCUCCAAGUCCGGAACCACUGUCAAGAACUCUCAGUGCGGUGGUGCCAAGAACGUCACCAUUGUCUACCCCCAGCAGCCCUCCAAGCCCAAGUCCACCUGCGGUGUUGGCAUUCACACCAUCGGCUUCGACUGCAGCCCUCCUCAGACUGUCGUCCCCCCCAAGACCAAGACCUUCGCCUUCCCUAGCGCCACCACCUUGAGCACCAAGACUCACGACAAGCCAGUCAAGACCACCUCCGAGGCUGAGGCCGUCUCCACCGCUAUUGUUCCCUCCGCCUCUGUACCUAUCGGCGGUGAGACCACCUCCGAGGCUCUCCCUACCAUCUCCGUCCCCGCGGAGUCGACCACUGCUGUUGUUCCCUCCAUCACUCAGCCUGCCGAGACCCCCAUUGUCUCCAAGCCCACUGAGGAGACCACCAGCGCCGCCGUCCCCGUCGAGUCUGUCCCCGUCGAGUCCGUCACCAAGCCCGUUGGCGGUGAGACUACCUCUGCUGCUCUCCCCAGCUUCUCUGUCCCCACUGUCCCCAUCAACGGCACCCAACCCGCUGAGACCGUCCCUGCGACCGUUCCCGCCGUUCCCGAGACCAAGACCACUGUCUACGACUCCACCUCCACCGUCUACACCACUCGCGUCGACACCAUCACCUCCUGCGCUCCCGAGGUCACCGACUGCCCCGCCCGGUCCCAUGCCGUUGUCACUGUCACCGUCGCCGUCUCUACCACCAUCUGCCCCGUCACCGAGACCUACGUCCACACUCCUGGUGUCCCCUCCAAGCCUGCUGCUACCCAGCCCGCUGGUGUCCCCUCCCAACCCGCUGGUGUCCCCUCCCAGCCCGCUGGUAUCCCUCCCCAGGGUGUCUCUUCCGAGAAGCCUAUCGCUACUGCCACCAUCCCUGCUGGCCCCGUUGAGACCCUUCCUUGCCCCGAUGUCGUUCCUCAGUGCUUGAGCACAUGGAUCUGGUCUUCCGGCUGCACUGAUAACUCAGACGCCAACUGCUACUGCCCCGACGCCAAGUUCGUCGAGAAGGUCUUCUCCUGCAUCUACUCCCACGGCGCUAGCGACGAUAUCAUCUCCAAGGCCACCAAGUUCUUCCAGGGGAUCUGCGCUCCUCACAUCCCCCAGAAUCCUGCCAUUGUCACCGUCCCUGCCACUAUCACCAACGCCCUCACUGUCUCGGCGACCAACCCCGCCGCCACCAACCCUGCCGACUACACCACUGUCACCAUUGACAAGACUAUCGUCGUCCCCUGCGUCACCGCCGGCACCACAGUUCCCGGCUCCUCCACAACCGCCGUCAUCCAGACCACCAUCGAGGUUCCCCACGUCUCCUUCGCCACCAACUCCGCCUCGGAUGUUGUUCCCGUCCCGGCCCCCUCUGCCCCGGCUCCUUCUGCCCCGGCCGGCACCCCCAACGUUCCCGGCACGACUGCCUCUUUCCAGGCGCCGGUUGCCCCCUACCCCACCACCCCUGCCGCUGGCGCCAGCCAGACCACUCCCAUCGGCACUGGCGGUGCUGCCGUUCCUACCGCCACUGGUGUCGUUGUCGCCGGUGCCGGCAAGACGACCUUCGGCCUCGGUGCCGUCAUCGCCAUUGCUGCUCUCGCUGCCUUCUAA